CUUGUCAGGGACUUGUGGUUUUCGGUUUUGCGCUCAGUCUCCUCAUCUCGGUUUCGCUCACGAGUGCGAGCGUCUGCGCCACAGCCCCGCCGCCUCCCGCAGCCGGCCGCUCUCGGCUCCGCGCGGAGCCUCAUCCUCCUGGAAGCCGCGGGUCGCGCGUCCCUUCCUGUCAGCCCGGGGCAGCGGCGUUCGCUGAGGUGGAAGGGCAGCCCGCGGUCUCCGGCUGUGAGGAGUCGCCUGCCCCAUGGGAGUCCAGGGCCUGUGGAAGCUGCUGGAGUGCUCCGGGCGGCAGGUCAGCCCCGAGACGCUGGAAGGCAAGAUUCUGGCUGUCGACAUUAGCAUCUGGUUAAACCAGGCUCUGAAAGGAGUCCGUGAUCGCCAUGGGAACUCGAUUGAGAACGCUCACCUUCUCACAUUGUUUCAUCGCCUCUGCAAACUCUUAUUUUUCCGAAUUCGCCCUAUUUUUGUAUUUGAUGGGGAUGCUCCACUCCUGAAGAAACAGACUUUGGCUAAGAGGAGGCACAGAAAGGAUUCUGCAUCCACGGACUCCAGGAAAACCACAGAAAAGCUUCUGAAAACAUUUCUGAAAAGACAAGCUCUCAAAACUGCCUUCAGAAGCAAAAGAAAUGAAGCACUGCCAAGUCUUACCCAAGUUAAAAGAGAAGAUAUCUACGUUUUACCACCUUUACAAGAGGAGGAAAAACAUAGUUCAGAAGAGGAAGAUGAAAAAGAAUGGCAAGAAAGAAUGAGUCAAAAACAAGCAUUACAGGAGGAAUUCUUUCAUAACCCUCAGGCAAUAGAUAUUGAAUCUGAGGACUUCAGCAGUCUGCCCCCUGAAGUAAAGCAUGAAAUCUUGACUGAUAUGAAAGAAUUUACCAAACGAAGAAGAACGUUAUUUGAAGCAAUGCCAGAGGAGUCCAAUGACUUUUCACAGUACCAACUCAAAGGCUUGCUUAAAAAAAACUACCUAAACCAGCAUAUAGAAAAUGUCCAAAAGGAAAUGAAUCAGCAGCAUUCAGGACAAAUCCAAAAGCAAUAUGAAGAGGAAGGGGGCUUUUUGAGGGAAGUAGAGUCGAGGCGUGUGGUCUCUGAAGACACUUCACAUUACAUCUUAAUAAAAGGUCUUCAAGCUAAGCAAGUUGCAAAGGUGGAUUCAGAGUCUCUUCCCUCUUCCAGCAAAAUGCACAGUGUGCCUUCUGCCAUGAAGUCAUCUCCAUGUGAGAAACUGAAGCCAGAGGAAGAGCCUGCCAGCACGCCUCCCUCACCAAGGACUUUGCUGGCUCUGCAGGCUGCCAUGCUGGGAAGCAGCUCUGAUGAGGAGUUGGAGAGUGCCAGUCGCAGCCAGUGCAGUGAGAAGGGCAUGUCUGCCCCUGGUGAUAAGGGCGCCAUAUCUCCGCGCACUCUGUCAGCUAUUCAGAGGGCCCUUGAGGAGGAUGAGGAUGUAAAACUGUGUGCUGGGGAUGGUGUGCAGCCAGAAGGACCUGGAGUGGAGAGUUCCCAAGGGGAGGAUGAGGCGGGUCUUCAUGUGGGAGGUGGAAAAGGAAUGCUGUUCACCAUGAGUCCUCCAUCAGCCAGUGGGGCCGCUGUGGAUGGGCGUGACAUCAACAGUAAAAAUGAGCAAAAGCCACUAGACUUGGCUCAUUUGUCAAGUGCUGUCUUUCCUGAAGCCAGCAAAUCUGAUACUCCCAAGGAAGAAAAGCCACCUGUUUGUGAGGGGAGUGAAGCUUUUCAGACAAGUGAGAAGAGAGAAGAUCCAUUGCCAAUAAGUAACCAGGUGGUCCUGCCCAGCGACGUGCCCGGACCCUUGACUCUGGCACCUCCACCAGGUGCAGGAGGAAUGAUGUCCAGGAAUGAGACACCCACCAACGAGCUGGAGCUGCAGAAAGAUCCCUGUGCAGCUCACAGGAAGUCUGGUUCCUCUGUUUUUUCUAGUGGUGAUGAGACAAAAUGUGAACAAAACUCAGCCUCUGAAGUCGUAGGCGCUGUCAGCUCCCCAGAAGUGAGUGAUGUAAAAUGCAUGCCUUCAGAGGGGGUAAGCAAUGCUGGAAACGCAGAACUGCUAAAUGUAGAAGAGUGUGAGAGUUUUCUGAAAAUUCCCCAGCCACAGGAGGCAGUUGAUUCUUCAGGCCCAGAUUUUAUUUCCUUCCCCAAGCCCAUGCAACCAGUGGAAAUCGACUCUGAGGAGAGUGAAUCUGACGGAAGUUUCAUUGAAGUGCAGAGUGUGGCUAGUGAUGGACUUGGUGAUGGACUGAGCGAAGCUUCCAAGCCUCCCUCUGAGCAAAGUGACACGAUACCCAUAAGAUCCAAGGAUGAAGAAGCUGCCUGUGGUGCCGAGAGCCUCCCACAGGGCGACUCUGAAAGUGAAGACUUGGAGCCACGUGAUGCAGGGGAUUCACCCAAUGAAUGGCAAGACAUUGAUUUGGAGGAGUUGGAAGCACUGGAGAAUGACCUCUUAGAGCAGCAGAAUUCACUGAAAGCUCAAAAACAGCAGCAGGAGCGGGUCGCUGCUACUGUUACAGGACAGAUGUUUCUGGAAAGCCAGGAACUUCUUCGCCUCUUUGGGGUUCCCUACAUUGAGGCUCCCAUGGAAGCAGAGGCCCAGUGUGCCAUCCUGGACCUCACUGACCAGACUUCCGGAACUAUCACAGAUGAUAGUGAUAUAUGGCUGUUUGGAGCGCGACACGUCUACAAAAACUUCUUUAAUAAAAACAAGUUUGUGGAGUAUUACCAGUAUGUGGACUUCCACAACCAACUAGGGCUGGACCGGAGUAAAUUAAUAAAUUUGGCCUAUUUGCUUGGGAGUGAUUACACCGAAGGGAUACCGACUGUGGGAUGUGUUACAGCCAUGGAAAUUCUUAAUGAGUUCCCUGGGCAUGGCUUGGAACCUCUUGUCAAAUUUUCAGAGUGGUGGCAGGAGGCUCAGAAAAAUAAAAAGAUCAGGCCCAACCCUCAUGACACGAAGGUGAAGAAGAAACUGCGCAAGCUGCAGCUCACGCCGGGCUUCCCGAACCCCGCCGUGGCUGAGGCUUACCUGAGACCCGUGGUGGAUGACUCCAGAGGGGCCUUCCUGUGGGGGAAGCCUGACCUGGACAAGAUUCGGGAGUUCUGUCAGCGGUACUUCGGGUGGGGCAGGACAAAGACGGACGAAUCCUUGUUUCCGGUGCUGAAGCAACUGAAUGCCCAGCAGGCUCAGCUCCGAAUUGACUCUUUCUUUAGAUCAGCCCAACAGGAGAGGCAGGACGCCAAGCGUAUUAAGAGCCAGAGACUUAACAGAGCUGUGACGUGUAUGCUGAGGAAGGAGAGGGAGGAAGCAGCCAGCGAGAUGGAGGCAGUCUCUGCUGCUCUGGACAAAGAAGCCGAGGCCCUGGCCACGGCCAAAGGCAAACAGCAGAGGAGAAGCACGGCGCGUCACCUGGAGGAGCUGCCGGGCUCGAAAAGAAAGAGGCUUUCUGGCUCCUCCCAGCAGAGUGUAUGUGGGGGUUUCCUGGGGGAUGCCUACCUCUCAGAGUCUUCUGACACACACUCAGGGGAGGAUGAGGAGCCGAGGAAAGCAGCAAUUCCACGGACCCAAGGCAGCCGGCCCAAGGUGCACAGCACUGUGGGAGAUGCCCGUGCCAAGGGCCAAGGGGCGGCGAGCAGCAGCUCCAGUGAUGGAGACGGAGAGGAGGCAGAGACCGUCCUGGUGACAGCCAGGCCCGUGUUUGCGAAGAAGAGGCGGAGGCGGAGAAAUGUGCGGGGAAAGAAGAAGGAAAACCUGAUAUGAAAUUUGUGUUCCCUAAAGAGAACUGUACUUCUGUGAUGAAUUUAUCAUGAAACCAUAAUAAAUACAGUUGCUUGGUCUUCGUAUUUA